GUACGUAAAAUUAAUUAAUAUGAAUUGAAAACUCUAUAGGCAGAAUGGCUUUCCUGCUAGCUUCUUAUUUCCAGUCUAGGUUUUUUGUUUGUUACAUGGAAAUUUCCUGUGGUUUCAUGGAAGUCUACGAACAGCAGAGAAAAUUGAUCCACUGAUUUUCCAGGAGACCGCCUGCAAAUGAAAAUGCAUUUAGAUCUGCACAUUGGGAAAAUAAUUACGAGGAAGGACACCCAACCUUAAACCUAUUCUGGAUUCCAACCAGCCGGUAGAAUUGGGCAUUUUCCAGGAAAAUGGCAGAAAGCUGCUGUGGACAAAGCAUCCAAUACCCCACAUUAGUCUGAAGUUUAUGCCCUGGCUGGCGACUGGCCAUGACGAGCGGCAUGAUGAGGGGCGGCUGCCCCCUUAUCCACAGAAAUUAUAUAUAAGGGCGCCAAGCACCGUUGCUCGUUGGAGCAUUUACUUCCUGCCUGUGUCACCCGCUUCUCGCUGCCUUUCCUCUUCCCUCGACCUUCCCACUCUCAUCCCUCCUCUCAAAAAAUGGGUUCUUCAGAAGCCCUAACACUAGAAAACGGUAACUGCCACCGCGACAUUCCUCGGCGCUUCGAGCAGAACGUUAUUGUCAUGAGGCACGGCGACCGCCUGGACAACUUCGAACCCCUGUGGGCGUCCACGGCGGCGCGCCCCUGGGACCCCCCGCUAGUCGAUGCCGGCCUCGUCCGCGCCUUCCGCACCGCCCGCCAGCUACACGACCGUCUCCCCUCCCCCAUCCGCCGCGUCUUCGUCUCCCCAUUCCUCCGCUGCGUCCAGACCGCGUCCCAAGCCGUCUCCGCCGUCUCCGUGGAUGAUUACUCCGGGAUCAAGGUUUCAAUUGAGUAUGGAUUGUGUGAGAUUUUGAACGAGAUAGCCAUAAGAAUACCUCCCAAAGAUGAGAACUGGGGUUUCAAUGUCUCAGAGCUUGAAGCUAUGUUCCCUGCUGGAACGGUGGAUCAUACUGUGAAACGUAUAUAUAAACAGUUGCCCCAAUGGGAAGAGACAAUUCUGAGUGCGAGGACUAGAUAUAAAGAGGUUAUUCAAGCUCUUGCUGAUAAAUUCCCUUCAGAAAACUUGUUGCUUGUCACACACGGGGAAGGAGUUGCCGUUGCAGCUUCUGCAUUCAUGGAGGACACUACAGUUUGUGGGGUAGAUUAUUGUGCAUGCUUGCAAUUAAGAAGGACUGUCUUGUUUGGUGAAAACCAAUCUUUUACAGCUGAAAACUUUGAUGUGCUAACAAAGAACGGCGAAACUGGUAUCAGUUAUUGUAUUUUGAGUGAUACACCAUUUGAAGUGUGACUUUUUGCAUCAGCCACUUAUUCUAGAUGUCUCUUCAAGUGCAACCUAAUGAGCCCUAUUAGAAGCAAUUUGUGUGUGUGUUUUCUGCUCGUGAGUUUUCAUUUUCAGUCCUCGGUCUUGAAAAAAGCAUAGAUGCAAGUGGGCAACAACAGACUUCACCAUUUGAUGAAUUGGAGUGAACAUAAAUCUCCAGCAGAGUUGCAAAAAAUAUUUGUGUAGUUCUUAAAUAAGGUCUUCAGUGAAAAAGAUUUGUGUGGUUGGUCUUAAAUAAAAUGGAUUUCACUAUCUGAAAAAAAA